AUGGCUGAAAUCUUUGAGAAAAUGAAAGUGGAGUUCGUCAGCCAAGAUGAGAGUGUGCAGGUUGUUGCAGAUAACGUCCGUGGCACUGGUGAGGUUCCUGAAAGGUAUGUCAGGUCUGAGACUAAGGCUGAUCCUGUUAUCAUCGAUGCCGAGGGUUAUAAUCUACCGGUAAUAGAUAUGUCAAGAUUGCUCCACCCCGAUUUUUCUGAGGAAGAGACCGCUAAGCUUGGAUCUGCCUGCGAGCAUUGGGGAUUCUUCCAGCUAGUGAACCAUGGAAUGGAUGGAGGAUUGUUGCAGCAAAUUAAGGCUGACAUCACCAACUUCUUCAGUCUUCCACUGGAAGAAAAGUUGGUAGUAGCGAUUCCACCAAAUGGCAUGGAAGGGUUUGGCCACCACUUUGUUUUCUCUAAGGAACAGAAGUUGGACUGGGUGGACAUAUUGUUCCUUGCCACACGGCCUAUUGAACAAAGGAACCUGUCCUUCUGGCCUGCAAAGCCUUCCACAUUUAGGGAUACACUGGAUAAGUACUCACUGCAACUGUCAAAUGUUUCUGCACAAUUGUUCAAGUUUAUGGCCAACAACCUUGGAGUUGACCAGGAGGUAUUCCUAAGUACCUUCAAGGGUCUACCUCAGAGCGUGAGGAUCAACUAUUACCCUCCCUGUAGUCAAGCUGACAGGGUCUUAGGCCUCUCACCGCAUACGGAUGGUGUUGGCAUGACAUUCCUCCUCCAUGUCAAUGAUGUGGAAGGACUACAAAUCAGAAAGGAUGGAAAAUGGUUCUCUGUGCAGGCCAUGCACGGAGCACUCAUCGUCAACAUAGGCGAUAUUAUAGAGAUCCUCACCAAUGGCAGGUACAAGAGUGUUGAGCACAGGGCAGUAAUAAACCCCAACAAGGAAAGGAUUACCAUUGCAGCAUUCCACAGCAUUCACCUUUUCUGCACAAUUGGCCCACUUCAGGAGUUGCUGACAGCAGACAAGGCACGGUACAAGGUGAUAGAUGGUGUUGAGUUCACCAAGGGCUACUUUGCUGCAAAGCUAGAAGGCAGGAGGGUACAGUACAAGAAGAUAUGUUCUGAAAAGAAUCAAUCAAAGCAACCACCAGCACCUGCAAGAUCAAGAAAACACCAAUGGCUCACGCUAGAGCUGCAGGAUCUCUACCAGGCAAAUGUGCAGGAACUAGCACAGACUUGCAGCAGAUCUGAUGAGCAGGUACCUGAGAGGUACAUCAGGGCGGAGGCUAACACUGAACAUGUCAUCACUGGUUAUGCUAAUAGCUCUGCGACUGCAAUUCCUAUUAUUGAUCUCAGCAAGUUGUAUGAUCCCCAAUCAUCGCAUGAAGAGUGUUCAAAGCUCGGAUAUGCCUGUCAGCAGUGGGGCUUCUUUCAGCUAAUCAACCAUGGGGUGCCAGACGAAGUGAUCCGUAACCUGAGGGAAGACAUUGCCGAGUUCUUCAAUCUGCCACUUGAAACCAAGAAGGCAUACUCACAGCUACCGAACAGCCUUGAAGGCUAUGGCCAGGCCUUUGUUGUGUCGGAGGAGCAGAAGCUGGACUGGGCGGACAUGUUCUAUCUCGUGGUGCGGCCGAAUGAGGCUAGGGACCUGUGGUUCUGGCCUGCUCACCCUCCUUCCUUCAGAACAUCCAUAGAUUGGUACUCCUUGGAGGUGGUGAAAGUGGCACGCUGCUUACUGGAAUUCAUGGCCAAGGACAUGGGAGCUGAGCCGGCAUCACUGCUCGAGACGUUUUCCAAGGGCAGCCACAAGGCUUCAGGAUGA